AUGUUGCUCGGGAAGAGACCUCGACCUCCAAUGAAGAGAACCACCAGCAUGUCCGAAAUAACGUUGGAUCUGAACGUCGCCGCCUCCGAUGCCGCCGACCAACGGAGAUCAGGUGCUAUUGGCGGCGCUGGUGGCGGCGCGUUAACGCCCAAAAUGCUCAGAAGACAUUCUUCGGAUUUCGUAGACACACCUCACUUCCUGCGCGCGUGUGCCCUCUGCAAAGGCCGCCUCGCACCCGGUCGCGACAUCUUCAUGUACAGGGGUGAUAGUGCUUUCUGCAGCCUGGAGUGCCGUCAGCAUCAGAUGAACCAGGACGAGAGAAAAGAGAAGUUUGUCACGGCGUCGAAGAAGCAAGUCGUGGCUCCUCCACCGUCUGGGUCUCAAGUCGCCUCCACCACCAAGGGCGAAACCACCGUGGUGGCGUUGUAG